GGCUACGUGCACGGCAAUCGAAAUCGAUCUCGAGCCAAUGGACGAUGGAAAUAAAUUGAACGUCAUUACCGCUGUGGAGGUGAGUAUAUAAACGAGAAAGAUGCGCGUGGCCUCUAUCCGAUUUUAAUCAACUUUUGACUGUGAUUCCGCGCGAUAACGGUUCAAGCGAUUCGCUACCUGUCGUAGAUAUUGAGACGUGUACUCGAAGCGACGAGGUGCGCAGUGGCCCGUCCGAUAAGGCAACUUUCUUUUAUAAUCGCUUCGACGUCACAACUCGUUAUCGCGGUAACUUCAAGAAUGAUUGCUCGAUCACAUCUUACCGAUUCUUCUUUUGGCAUCAAAAUUUUUAAGAUGCGACUUUUGAUAUAUCGUACCUACAUCUCCGGUCUAGCAAGAAAAAGCAAAACUGUUUUGCUCUGAGCGUCAAUGCCCGAAAUGUACCGGCGAGUCUCUUGCUCAAUCAAUUUUUCGGCUUUUCCGUUUAACGAAGAAGAAAAAUGAAAUAAAAGUGACAAUAGAUUCCAGCAAAAGCAGUUUACUUCGUGUAUAGCAGGUACUAGUGGCAAAGGAAGAGCAAGAGGAAGUAAAGGCAUCGAUGCCCAAGGCGGUAGUAACGACGCUAUCGACAUCGACGACAUCCAACGACGGCAAGUACGACGAAGCUAGCAAAUUGCGAUCCGAAGUGAUACAGCUGAAAGAAGGAAUCGACAGGGUGCGUUACGAGCGAGACGAGGCGAGGCUGAGAUUGAGAGUGGCUGAGGAGAGAUGCGAGGCAUACGAGACCGAGUCGAAAUACCUCGAGGCUACCUUGGAUUCUAUGGAAGAGAAAAUCAGAGACCUAGCUAGGGAGCUGAGCGCUGAAGUGAUGAGGAGUCGAACGCUGGAGCAGCAGUUGUCGCUAAUUUUGAGUAAUUCGACAUCUUCGAAGCCAAAAUUGCAGCAGACUGACAAAGUAGCUUGACGCUUCUUUCAAACCAAAGUUUCUGGCUGCGCAACAACCUUAAACUAGGUAAAUAAGAGAGAAAAAGCCUACAAAACUAUAGUUUGUUAGUGUUUAAAAAAAAAGGCUAAUGACUC